AUGGCUUCGACUGAGGAACCCGUCCCUCCCGUUACCCCGGCCGAAGGGGUGGUGGAUUCAGAUGUUCCCCCGGCCACCCCCGUCGAUUCAACCGUGCUCUCCGGUAGUGAGGAACCCGUCACUAGUCCCGAUACUUCCAAGGACAAGGAGAACGUCAAGGCAUCUCCCACCAAGAGGAGCCCUACCUCCAGCACCACGGCUACGGCCAAACGCCCCGUGUCGGGAGCUCCGGUCACAAAACGGCCCAGUUCCAUGUCUGGCGCCCCCAAGCCAACUACGUCGACUUCUCGUCCUUCGACCACCAAUGGCGGCACGUUGAAUAGGCCUCCCACGCGUCCACCCACGACUACUACCGUCCGAAAGCCCCUGAGCACCUCGACAACUGCUUCCCAUCGAUCUCGUGCAUCGGUCAGCAGCUCCGCCGAUGAAAAGUCGCGAUCCGUGGCAAGUUCUGGAGAUGAAAAACGAGGCCUGUCCAGCACCGCAAAGCGGAUGUCUCUGGUUGGUACCCCGGCUACUCGUGCCCCCACCAAGACUACCAGCACGCUGGAUAGACGGUCAAGCAUCGCUGGUUCAACUACAGCCGAGAAGAGAACCUCGGUGUCGCGUCCCAGCACCGUUGCGGCACGCCCGACAACCCGACCGGCUACGUCGACCACUACUACUCGUCCGACCUCGUCAACCACUAGUGCGACCCGGACGACUACUCGUCCCACCUCGACGGUGACUCGCCCAGCGACGGGAACAGCAGCCAAAAGACUGAGCACCGUCACAAAGACCUCGGAGGAAGAUGCAGAGAAACUGCAUGCGCUGGAAAGCAAGCUGUCAGAAAGCGAGGCUACCGUGGCAAGCCUGAAAGCCGAGCUAGACACAGUGAAUGAGAAAAUGGCUCAGCUGUCUGUCUCUCCCCCGGAGGAUGGCUCCAAAGACAGCGACGCUGCCACCAAGGAACUCCAGGAACAGCACGCCGCAGAACUCGAGCGUCUGACUGCCGAGCAUGCCGAACAGCUGCAUGAUCUGCGCACCAAACUGGAAGAGGCCGAGGCUCAGCGCAAAGAACUGGAAGAAAAGUCCAUUAAGGAUCUGGACGAUGCCGCGAAGUCCGCCGCCGCUCAAGGCGAUGAUAAGACCGCGGCGGCCCUGGAAGAAAUAAAGCAGUCCCAUCAGGCUCAGUUGGAGGCUCUGGAGAAAGAACUGGCCGACCAGAAGGCCUCGGCCGCUGGUCAUACCGAGGAACUGGAUGCCCUCAAGGCGGAACUCGAGACGCAGAGGAGCAGUGUUGCCGAAACCACCAAGAUCCUGGAGGAGAAGACCGCGGCUUUGGAAAGCUUCCAGCGUGAACUCAACGGACGCGAUCAGGUCAUUGAGAACCUGAACCACGAGAUGGAGAAGCUCAACCAAGCCAAGGAAGACCAGGCUCGUGCUGCUGAAGAAUCAGCUCGGCAGUCUGUUUCGGCCCUUGAGGAGAAGGUUGCGUUGCUCGAAGCCCAGCUUGCGGAGACCGAAUCUACCUCUAAAACCAGCGAGGAGACAGCCACCGCGCUUGCAGCAAAGGACAAGGAGGUUGCCGAGCUGAAGCAAACGGUGGAAACACUUCGUCCGGAGCUCCAGGAAGCCCGCGACGCCGCUGAAAACACGCUGAAGGAAAAAGUUCAGGAACUCGAGGCGGCCCACGAAGCGGCUGUCGCCAAAUUGAGAGCGGAGCAUGACGAGGCCCUCACCUCUGCGGCCAACACCCACGCCCAGGAAUUGGCCGUAGCCGGAGAGGCGGCCGUUGCCAAACUUAAAGCGGAGCACGACGAGGCCCUCGCCUCCGCGGCCAACACCCACGCCCAAGAAUUGGCCGUAGCUAAGGAGGCGGCCGAGUCGGCCGGCAGUAGCCACUCAGACGAGCUUCAGGAACUUCGCGCGGCUCUCGAUGCCGCCGAAGCUGCCGCACAGAAGGGACGUGAGGACGCUAUUAGCGAGUUAAUGACCGCCCACCAGGCUGAAUUGCAAGCCCUUGAACAGAAACUGAGUGCUUCGGAGCAGGCUCUCGGCGAAGCCAAGCAAUCCCUGGAGGAGGGUGCCAGCUCCGCGCAAGAAGUGGCCAUUCAGGAGAUUGAAUCGCUCAAAGAAAAGGUGGGCGCCUUGGAGUCCCAGCUGUCCACGGGCCAAGUUGAGAUCCGAUCUCUCCAAGAUGCCAUCUCCAGUAAGCAACAAGAAGUCGAGGCUCUGCAGCACAGUCUCGUUACCUUCGAGGACAAGACUAAGUCAAAGGACAUGGAACAACAAGGCCAGCUGAAGGCGCUGGAAGAGAAGGCGCAGGCCGCGGAAAGUUCUCUGCAGGCGCAUCUCCAGGAAGCCGCCGCGGCUGCCGAGAAGCACGCACAGGCAAUUGAAUCCCUGAAGACCGCUCACGCCACGGAACUGGAGACCGCCCAGACGAACACUUCUGGAUCCCACGAGCAAGCUCUCCAAGAUGUGCAAGCUAAGCAUGACGCCUUGUUGGCGACCAACCGCGAACUGGAGUUGAAGUACGGGGAGAAGGUGGAAUCUCUCGAAGCGGAGCUCAGGUCGGCCUUGGAGCGCCAUGCGCAGGAGAUUGCGUCGCACACCGAGCUUCGUGGCCAGGAGAUCGCGGAGCUGCAAAAGCAGUACGAGGAAACCAGGUCGGCGCUGCAAGCCGAGUUGGCCGCUUCGCAGGCCUCCAAGGCCGCGGAAAAUGAUGCCGAGCACAGCAAGGCGAUUGAAGAACUUCUGACCGCGCACGAGGAGAAGACAAACAGCCUCCGCUCUCAGCUGGAGUCGUCCAACCAAGCUCAGCUGGACGAGCUGCAGAAGUCCCACGACGCGGCGCUCAGUGAGGUGCAUGCUCAAUUGGCCCAGGCGCAGGCUGCCGCUCAGGACAGCUCGGUCCUUGACGGGUUGAAGAUCACCAUUGCCGAACUCGAGAAUAAGCUUGCCGAAGCGGAACGGUCUGCCACGGAGGCCAAGGAGCUUGCGGGCCAGCACGGUGCGGACGUCUCCAAGGCGCAGGCAGAAACCAGUGAAUGGCAGCAGAAGCAUGAAGAGCUGGCGGCUCGGGCAGCUGACCUGGAAAAGUCGCUAUCGGCCUCUGGAAACUCGCAAUCGGAGCUCGAAUCGGUCCUAAAGCAGCUCUCGGCCUCCCAGGAGGAGUUGACCGAGCUAAAGGGCAAGUACGAGGCGGUCAGCAGCCAGCUGGAUGAGGUGACGACGCAGAACCGGGCGAUGAACGAGAAGUUGGCGCAGGGCGAGAAGGACUUCAACGACCAGAUUGACAAGAACAUGUCGCUGUUGAACCAGCUGGGCGAGGUGGACUCGGCCAUUUCGGCCAGCCGCAAGCGCACGCGCGAGUUGGAAGCGGAGGUGGCCGCGCUGAAGGCCGAAGGGGGCCGGGGCAAUUCGGUGGGCCUGGAGGGCAGUCAAUGGGCAGAGAAGGGACCCGUGGAAGGUGAGGAGCAGCUUGGUUCAUCUAUCGAGGGAACGAUGGCAAGCAUUCAGGCUCAGCUUAAACACAUCCGCACAACCAACGACGAGUGGUACGAAGAUCACAAUCGGCUCGUCGGAGAACUGACGCAGCUGUCUCACCGAUCGACGCCCGAGGCGCGCAGCCACUCGUCGACCCCCCAGCCGGAUAAAGCAACGGCAGAUGGGUCGUCGUAA